CAAUCGUAGCAUUCCAAACAGAACCGACUCCAUCCAACGCUACCUUCUCGCCGCGUAAUUCACAUUUUAGCACCGCUUCUUAAUCUUACCCCUUUCAUUACUAAACCACAAUAAUGCACCACUCUUAGUUAAAAAGAAUCUUUAUCUUUCUCUCUCUUGUUGGGUUAGAUCAAGAAAGAAAGAAAGAAAAAACAGCACAUGGCUGCUUGUACUUGGAAACUACCCAUAACUUUACCAAACCACUAUCAAAGAGAAAAUCAAACAUUGUUUUCACGUGACCCCUUUUCCUGCAAGUUAGCUUCAAGACUUAGAGUUGAAAAGCCCAAUUAUUCUUGUCUUGCUGUCAAAAAAACCAAGUUUAAGGUUAGAGGGUGUGGGUGUGAAGAAAGUAGCAAUGAAGAUGAUUAUGGUGAAACCGAGGAAGACAAGUAUUUCGUUAAGGUUCUUCGUGAAUCGAAACCUUAUUUGUCUAUUCACAGAGGUAGGGUUUUUGUUGUCCUCAUUUCUGCUCAGAUUGUUGCUGAUCCUGAUCUCUUCAACGCCAUUCUCAAGGAUAUAGCUUUUCUUCAUCACCUUGGAAUUCGGUUUGUUCUUGUUCCUGGUACUCAUGUGCAAAUUGACAAGCUUUUGACAGAGAGAGGGAGCAAGCCUAAGUAUGUUGGGAGAUAUAGAAUAACCGAUGAUCCAUCUCUAGAAGCUGCAAUGGAAGCAGCAGGAGGAAUAAGAUUGAUGAUGGAAGCUAAACUUUCACCUGGACCUUCCAUAUGUAAUAUUCGUAGACAUGGAGAUAAUAGUCGGUGGCAUGAUGUUGGCGUCAGUGUUGCAAGUGGUAACUUUCUUGCAGCCAAGAGAAGAGGGGUUGUCGGUGGAAUUGAUUAUGGGUCAACUGGGGAAGUUAAAAAAGUAGACGUAACUCGCAUGCGUGAGAGACUUGAUGGUGGUUGUAUAGUUAUUUUAACAAACUUGGGCUACUCCAGUUCUGGAGAAGUUUUGAAUUGCAACACUUAUGAAGUAGCAACAGCUUGUGCCUUGGCUAUAGGAGCAGACAAGUUGAUAUGCGUUAUAGAUGGCCCAAUACUUGAUGAGAAUGAACGCCUAAUUCGUUUCUUGCCUCUUGAAGAAGCAGACAUGUUAAUUCGUAAACGGGCUAAGCAAAGUGAAACAGCUGCUACCUAUGUCAGAGCUGUUGACGAAGAAGGUUUUAAUCAUGUUGAGCAUAACAACUUUAAUGGGACAGUCAAAUCUCCACCUAAUGGGAAGCACGUUACAGAAUGGCACAAAGCAACUUUCCAUAACGGUGUUGGUUUUGAGAAUGGAGAUGGCUUAGGGAAUAGUGAGCAAGGCUUUGCUAUUGGAGGUCAAGAAAGGCUAAGUCGAAUGAACGGUUACUUGUCAGAAUUGGCUGCUGCAGCUUUUGUUUGCAGAGGCGGGGUUCAAAGAGUUCACUUGUUGGAUGGCACUAUUAGUGGAGUUUUGUUGUUGGAAUUGUUUAAAAGAGAUGGAAUGGGAACUAUGGUAGCUAGUGACCUUUAUGAAGGCACACGAAUGGCACAGAAAAAAGAUCUUUCUGGAAUAAAACAAAUUAUGCAGCCUUUGGAGGCAUCUGGCAUACUGGUUAAGCGGACUGACGAAGAGCUGCUACAAGCAUUGGAUAAUUUCGUUGUUGUGGAAAGAGAAGGUCAAAUAAUUGCCUGUGGUGGCCUUUUCCCUUACUUUGAGGAGAAAUGUGGAGAGGUUGCUGCUAUUGCAGUAUCGCCUGAUUGUCGUGGCCAAGGACAAGGAGACAAAUUGCUUGAUUAUAUGGAGAAGAAAGCAGCAUUUCUUGGAUUGAAUAAGCUUUUCCUACUUACAACACGUACAGCAGAUUGGUUCGUGAGGCGGGGAUUUUCAGAAUGUUCAAUUGAUUAUAUUCCUGAAAAGAAGAAGAAAACAAUCAACCUGUCCCGCAAUUCCAAGUAUUAUAUGAAGGAGCUUCUACCAAAUAAGAGUGGGAUUACUAUUGGUGGAAACAAAUUUGCUUCAAAUUAGUAUCAUCUUCCGGUUACAAAGGGUGAAAGGAUAUGAUUGGAUGCAAGAUAUUGGGCUCUUAUGUAAACUAUAGAUUAAUAAUCAGGUAAUAAUAAGGUAGCUGGAAUCUGUAUUUUUUUUACCAGAUCUUCCACAAGUAGCAUUAGCCUUUGUAUUGUAAAUCUAUCUAUUGUCAGUGUGUGGAAUUUUCUACUUUUUGACUGGUUAUUCCCUUCUGUUACUUGCCAUCCGAAUAAUUAGUACAUCCAUCUGACAGUGAA